UUUAAAUUCUUAUUCUUUCCUUGACCUCGACCGCUGCGGAGCGAUGGAGGAACUCUCUCUCUUCUAUGGUUCUCAUGGCGCGCAGCACCUGCCUCAGAGACCUUCAGCAUACGACGGAGCGGGCUCGUCAUCAUCGGAGUUCACGUUUGUGCAGAAAGCCGAGCGACCUGUUGACUUUUCACUGCACACCACGUGCACUAACUAGGCUGAAGACUUCCUUCCCCCGGAGCUGAGCGGAGAGAAUGACCCCAAAGGAACCCAAAUGUCACCUGGAAAUUGCAGUCGACUGUGGAUCGUUGAAACGUUGAAAUGCACAAACCACCGAAAGAGCAGCGGGCGAAGCUCCAGACGAGCGACCCGAAGACCCCCCAACAGCAGCCGGUCACCGGCUGCCUGCUGAGCGCGGCCUUCUUCGGUGCCCUGGGUUCGUCGUUCAUAUAUGGUUACAACCUCUCCGUGGUCAACGCUCCGGCUCUGUACAUCAAAGCCUUCUACAACAGAACAUGGGUCCAGAGGUACGGGGAGCCUCUCACAGAGGAGACGGCCACCCUCCUCUGGUCCCUCACGGUCUCCAUAUUUGCCAUCGGAGGCCUCCUGGGAGCGCUGUCCGUCUCCGUGAUCACCAAAGCGAUGGGAAGGAAGGGAACGUUGCUGCUGAACAACAUCUUCGCUCUGCUGGCGGCGCUGCUGCUGACUCUGGGGGAGACGGCCCAGUCCUACGAGAUGCUCGUCAUCGGCCGGCUCGUCAUCGGGGUGAACUCUGGUAUCGCUCUGAGCGUCCUCCCCAUGUACCUGGGUGAAAUCACGCCGAGACACAUCCGAGGGUCCAUCGGCCAGUUCAACUCCAUCCUCAUCUGCUGCGGGGUGUUCACGGGUCAAGUGCUGGGUCUGCCCGAGCUGCUGGGUCAGGAAGCCAGGUGGAGCUUCCUGUUCUCCUUCCUGGCGUUGCCGGCGGCGCUGCAGCUGUGCGUGCUGCCCUUCCUCCCCGAGAGCCCCCGCUACCUGCUGAUGGAGAGGAAGGACGAGGCCGGAGCCCAGAGAGCCUUCCAGAGGUUUCUGGGGAAGACGGACGUGUCCCAGGAGCUGGAGGAGGUCCACGCCGAGGCCCGGGCUCAGGACAACCUGCACACGGUCUCGGUGCUGCAGCUGAUGAGGAACCCGGCGGUUCGAUGGCAGCUCAUCACCAUCGUCAUCAGCAUGGCGUGCUACCAGCUGUGCGGCCUCAACGCCAUCUGGUACUACACCAGUGGGAUUCUUCGGGAGGCGGGCUUUGACGAGGACCUCCUCCCCUACAUCACGCUGAGCACCGGCGCCAUCGAGACGCUGGCCGCCAUCAUCUCGGGUUUAGUGAUCGAACGGAUCGGGAGGAAGCCGCUCCUCAUCUUCGGCUUCUCGGCCAUGGCCGUCUUCUACAGCCUGCUCACGGUGUUCCUCAAGUUCCAGGACAGCCGGUCAUGGAUGCCUUACCUCAGCUACGCCUGCAUCCUGGCGGUGAUCGCGUCCUUCUGCUCCGGGCCAGGCGGCGUCCCCUUCGUGUUGACCGGCGAGUUGUUCGAGCAGGCGUCCCGGCCGGCCGCCUUCAUGGUCGCCGGCGUCGUGAACUGGAUGUCCAACUUCGCCGUCGGCCUCCUGUUCCCCAUCCUGCAGGAGACGUUGCAGGCCUAUGCCUUCCUGGUAUUUGUGGUGGUCUGCGUCUUGGGCUCCGUCUACCUCUACGUCGUCCUCCCCGAGACCAAAAACAAAACAUUCAGGGACAUCAGUCUGAGCUUCGCCAAGAUCAACAACAUCCCCGUCCCCUCCCCCGACCACGAAACGGAGAUGGCUCUGUCCUGCAAGCCCGGCGCCAAUGGAAGAGUGCACAACGACGUCAAGAUGGAGAGUUCCUUCUAGCCCAGAGAGAUCGUGGAGAAGAACGGUUGACAUUUGAACUGAAUUUGUUGUUGUUGUUGUUGUUGUACAUAUUUAUUUAAUGACCGUGGUGCAUCAAAUCUCAUCAAUGAUCGAUGCUUUUGUUUCAACGCAUUUUGGCAUUUCAUAUAUAUGUUUUGUAUGGACUGGAAUAUUUCGGAACAUUUGUUCACAGUAAUAACUUUAGUAUUAAUUAAUGUUCUCAUUACAGGUCAAUGGUAAAACUUUCAUAAAUGGCAGAAAGCCCAGAUGGUUA